GGAGGAGGGGCGAGGAGGCUUGAGGAGGGAGGAGGAAGAGGAGGCCAACUCAUCUGACACGAGCGCGAAAAAGCCAAAGGGAAGAGAGACGAUCGGGAGCGGCACCGUGCAAGACGAGAACAGGAUUUAAAAAAAAAAAAAAAACAUCGUGUAAAAAGUGAUUACGUUGAGAGACAACGGGAGAAAACUUUUACGGGUUAGACACCAAAAUGUCGACGCUGCCAGCCAACAACAACCACGAGGAUGCGAAUCAUCGCAGCUUCUGGAUGCCUGGCAACUACCAGCGCACGGUACGACGCACGGAGGACGCGUUCCAGGCGUGCAGCGACCUGGCAACGUGCAUCCAGGAGCGAGCCCGAGUGGAGCGUCAGUAUGCAGUGCAGCUCAAAGAGUGGAGCAACAAGUGGAAGCCGCAUGUGGACUCCAGUCCUCUGUACGGGUCCCUGCAGAAGGCCUGGCAGUGUUUUCUGUCUUCGGCCGACCGUCUGGCAUCUCUGCACGCUUCCAUCUGCCGCUCCCUGGUGACCGAAGAUGCCGAGAGGCUGAGGGUCUGGCAAAAGGACAACUUCACCAAGAAGAUCUUCGGGGGGUUCAAGGAAGCCCAGGACGCUGAGACCGGCUAUGCCAGAGCACAGAAACCUUGGACCAAACGUCUCAAAAAGCUGGACAAAGCCAAACGGGCAUACCACAAGGCCAGUCGCAAGGAGCACGCCGCCCGGGAGCGCGAGUCACAAGCACAAGCCAGUCAGAACAUGGCGGCGGACAAGCAGAAGAAGAUUCAGGAGGAUCGAGAGAUGGUGCAGCAGGAGACGCACAAGGUGCGAACCCGCUAUGAGAAAGUACUGGAAGAGACCAAUCGCUACGCCCCUCGCUACAUGGAGGAGAUGGAGGCCGUCUUUGACCAGUCGCAGGACGAGGAGCGCAAGAGGAUCAUCUUCCUCAAGCAGGCCUUCCUCUCCUUCGACAAGCACCUCGACGUCACCACCAACGACAGUGUGAAGGAAGUUUACGGCCAACUGCACGAUACGGUGGCAGCCAUCGACGAGCACGAGGACCUCCGUUGGUGGAAGAACACGCAUGGGCCAGGCAUGCCCACUGAUUGGCCGCACUUUCAGGAAUGGACACCUGAGAAAAAAAAUAAAAAAGGGAAAGAGGUGGUUGGAGAGAAAGCAACAUUAGAGAAGAGCGCAAUGAUUGUUGGUGUGAAAGUGAGAGCGUUGUACGACUACGUCGGCCAGGAGACGGAUGAACUCUCCUUCAAAGCUGGCGAAGAGUUCAUGAAGACUGAGGAAGAGGAUGACCAGGGCUGGUGUAGAGGAGUGAAGGACGGUGGCCUGGAGGGACUUUAUCCCGCUAAUUACGUGGAGGUGGUUUAGUGGAAAAAGAAAAAAUAUUUUUUAAUCGAGUUGAUACAUUUCUCCUGUGGAUGUUUGCUUUCUAAGACAAAAAACAAAAAAAAUCAACAACAACAACAAUGCUGUACAUAAAAAUUGUAGCCCUUAGCCAAAGAUCUGUGGACAUUUUAACAUGCAGAGACAUUAAGAUUAUUUUUAAGGUGACCAUUUAUACUCUGAGGCUAUGCUGUGUUUGUUUAGUUCACCAUAGCUACCACAAACAUUUCCUCAUUGUUUUGUUAGGAAGUUCUGUUUCGAAGUCCUAUUCCGAAGUUACAUUUUGAUGCACGUUCCAAGUGCAAGUUAUGUAGUUACAUCACAAAGUUUUAUUGCAAAGGUUACGAAGGUACGUUAUGAAAUAAUUUUGUGACGGUACAUUACAAAUUCAUGUUUUGAAUGUAUGCUUCAAAUGUACGUCAGCGAAUUUACAUUGCAAAUGUACGUUAGGAAAGGUAAGUUAUGAACUUAGUUUCUGAAUGGGAGUUAAAAUCAGAUGUUACGAAAAUACUUUACAGGGGUACUUUGCAAUUGUGUGAUUGUUUGUCAAUCACAUUCUUUGUGGCUAUGCUGUUUUGUAUAACAUGAGUCGUCAGGCGUGACGGAGAAUAUUCGAAAUUGUACAUUUCUACAUCAUGUCAAGCGCAUUAGCGAUGCUAAAGAAACGCGUGCUAAAUGCCAAACUGUCAGUAUUUAUUGUGUUAAAGUGUGGUGCUAAAAAUCUUAUUUUAUUACACUUCCUUGUUUGAAAGAAGCUAUGUUUAGCAAGAAAUACCACUUUUGGCAAACGUGUUCCUUUGAAUAUAUACCUAUAAAUCUUCACUGUAAGUGUAUAAAUAUAAGAAGCAUUCCACUUUGGUCUUAUCCACUAUAUGUGUGUGAAACACUCUUGUACCCCAAAUCUUUUUGUUUUUUUAGGAAAUAAACUUUUGGAACUUU